GUUUCGUUUACGUAUGCGCGAGGUUACGCUCUCGAUAGGUUAGGUCGAGGGAAUUGCCGCGAUUAAUCGAUCGCUCGCGCGGCUUGUUUGACUUGAUUCCUGAUUCUCUUCUAUUAACACUGUAAGAGUAACGAACUAGGAGUAUUCAAUAUGGAAACAAACGACGAUGAGUUUCCCAAAAAAGUUAAACGACACUUUGCGGAAGCUUGGCUCACUAAUGAAAAAUAUAAAUCUUGGAUACGCAAAGUACCAUACGAUAACAGCCUUUAUCAUUGCGUCAUAUGCAAUAAGAAUUUCUCGUGCAGCUCGGUACACAUUUCAAGACACGCGGAGUCGGCGUAUCACAAGAAUAAUAUGACCAGGGAUCCAUUAUCUAACGACGAUGAAGAUUUUUUAGCGAAAAAGUCUCGUAGACCAGUAUUUCAACCGGAAUGGCUAGAAAUCGACCGGUAUAAAUAUUGGUUGCGCGAAGUGCCGCACGACGAGAGUUUGUUUCAUUGUAUAAUCUGCAAUAAAUCCCUUACCGGUGGUCUAUCGCAAAUUCAUCGUCACGGAGAAUCCAAGGCGCACUUAGACAGAUGUAAAAAUAAUAUCGAAAUUGAAAGCAGAGGUAUAAUAAUCAAAACUGAAGUGAUGAGCGAGAACGAGGAUUCAAAUAUGCAAUCUAACGAAACUAAUUUCUUAUUUAAUGAGCGUAGAAAAUCGGCGGAGAUGAGGUACGCCGCGCUCAUCGCCGAAAAAAAUAUCUCUCAUCAGAUUGCCGAAGAGAUUCUUAGCUUUUUUCAAGAAAUAGGAAAGGACUCGAACGUGUUAAAAAACAUGAGUAUGGGACGUACGAAAUGUACAAAUAUUAUGACAAACGUGUUGUGCCCAAUUGAGACCGAGCGCGUUGUUGACAAGACUCAGAACACGAAAUUUACAAUAAUUAUUAACGAAACACCUGAGAUUUCUAAUUGUAAAUGGCUAACUUUUAUCGUUCGCUACGUUGACCCGGAGACACUAGAUGUUCGUUCACAAUUGAUCAAAUUAAUUGAUAUCGAUCCAAAAGAUUGCAGUCCAGACAAAUUUUUUGAGGCAUUUCAAUGUGAAAUGUCAAAAUUGCAAAUACCAUUUGCAAACGUCAUUGCUUUGUCGUGUGAAAACACGUCUAUCAUGACGGAGGAACAUUUGUCGUUCAAGACAAAAUUAAAAGAAAUUUGUCCAAAUUUGUUAACGUUUCCUUGCCCGUGCCAUUCCGUCGCGUUAGCGGCGCAUGCCGCGUGCGCUAAAAUGCCCGAAUUUUGCGAAGAAUUUAUUAUAAGUAUUGCCGAUUACAUUAAUAGCAGUCCGAAACGUUCGGCUGUCUGUCGCGAAUUUUCCAAAUGCUCCCAGGAAACGAAUCGCAAAAUGUUAAAGUUAUCUGAGACCCACUGGAUUUCACACUACUUGAGUGUAGAAAAACUUUUGGAAUCCUGGGAUACGAUUCAACAUUUUCUUAGUGGAACGGUUACGAGUGAGAAAACAAACUGUGAGGAAUAUCUAUUGUCUAUGAUGAACAAUGUAGAAAUGAAAGCCUAUUUUCUCUUCUUAAAAUAUGUGUUAAAGUUUUUUAAGAUAUUUAUUGCAUUUUUUCAAGUGCCAGAUACGCGUAUUUAUUUAUUGCAUCAAAAAUCUGUAAAUCUUCUUUACCAAAUCUGCCGACAUUUUUUAAGAAAGAAGCAUCUAAAACCUUUCGCCCCGAACACGACAUUCUCUAUAAAGGAAAAUCGAAAAAUUCCCAACAGAGUUUCUUUAGGAUCAGAAUGUGAGAAGUACCUUGAUGAAUUGAUAGUACAAGGGCAUACAGAUGUAAUUACAAAUAUUAGAAAGAACUGCCUGGAGUUUUAUAUAACCGCUGCUGAAGAGCUUCGCGAAAGGUUGCCCGUGAAUGAUAUAUUCUUAUCAAAAUUACAAGCUUUUAGUCCUUCAAAUAGUUUAUACAGUAUUGACAGAGAAGCAUCGUUUAACGAUGUUGCUUUUGUAGCUAGAACUUUUGGCGAUUUCGAUGAAGAUGCUUUAAAAAGAGAAUGGAUGGCGCUACCGUUAGAUUUUACAAUAAAUGAGCAACAAAAUCUUUCUAAAUUAAACUUCGACAAUAUGUGGAGAAAAAUUGCGCAUUGUCGAUAUCCAAACGAUAUCGCCAAAUAUCCUCACUUAACAAAUGUUCUAAACCUUGUCCGAUCACUUCCUAAUUCAAGUACCGAUCCGGAGAUGUUUUCCCUCUUAAAUAAUUUAAAAGCGAAAAAACGUAACAAACUCCUAUCCGUUUCUGUUAAUGCUAUUUGCGUCAUCAAGUCUGCACUGAAAGCGAGAGGAGAAAAACCUAUAAAUAUGAUGAUCGAGAGAAAACACUUAUCUUUUAUGUCAGCGAACAAAUUAUACCAGAAUGCUAAAAAAUACAAUACUUUAAAGCCAUAUAUUAUGGGUGUUAACGAUACUGCGGAUGUUAACGAUAGUAUGGAUAUUAAUGAUACUAUUGAUGUUAACAAUACUAUUAAUAUUAAUGAUACUAGUACGGACGUUAAUGAUACUGCGAAUAUUAAUGAAAUUACAGAUGUUAACGAUACUGGGGAUAUUAACGACACUAUGGAUGUUAGCGAUACUAUAGAUGUUAACGAUACUGUGGAUAUUGCUGGUCCCUCGUUUGCAGAAUGAAAAUGUUAAACAUUGUUGUUGUUUGUAAAAGAUAUAUCACGCUUAUAGAAUAUAAAUUUGAUAUAAAAGAACCUAUCUAUAGUGUAUAUAAAUAUCCUAUUAUAUAUACGUGUAUGUAUACAUACAUCUACAGCACACAGACAUACUGACAAUGAGACUGGAAAAUGUAAAAAAUUAUUUUUUUAAUACUAUAAUUUUAGUAUUUAAACUUUUUUGUACUGUAUAUCUACUAUUUAUAUAUAAAUUAAUAACAAUUUUUUACAUUUUCCUCUUGAAUGAAAGUGAUUCGUGAUUUAUGUUGAUAUAAUAUAUAUAUGUAUAUUAUAGAUUAAUGUAAAAUAAAUUGAUUGAGAAUAAAAAUGAAUCGAGAAAUGAUUAAAUUUUAUGCUUUUUUGCUUGUAAUACAAAUCAAUAUUUUCACUCUGCGAAAAAGUGACUUUUGCUCAUCAGAAAAAAAUAUUGUAAUAAAUCAGAAUUUCUAUCUUAGCAUUUGCAUUAUCAGCGAUGAUAAUUAAAAAUCUUUUGGAAUUCGUAUUUUUUUCUCUAAUUCACACUUCUGAGAUGCGUCCGCGUCCACUAUUUUGUGAUUUUGCAACACGCUGAAAAAUGCUAUUUUUAUCCAAAAUCAGUAUCCUUUUAUGCAAAAUAUUUGUUGUUAAUUUAAAUAAGUUAAGAUAUUGGCAGCCUAAAAAUAGUGAUGGAAAAAAGAACCAUAGUGAGAUAAAGAAUGAGGGCAGCGUAAUACAUUGACACAUGCACACGCUUAAUUUUAAAUGAAUUUUUGUUGAAUCGUCAUGUUAAAACGCGCGAGUUUAGGAAUCAAUGAUUACUCGUUUAGUUAUGAAAGAUUAUGAGCACAAUAUGCACUUUCUUUAAUGAAAUUAUAUGUUAAAUCUUUUUAAUAAAAAAAUUUUAGCUUU